AUGGAUUACUUGCAACUUGUGCUGGCAGCUGUGGCCGUGUUCACAGCGUUCUACUAUUACGUUCGUAGAGGCCUAGACUUCUUCAAGAAACAUGAUAUUCUGCACAUACCACCGGCACUAAUUUUCGGUAACUUGGGCAGUAUCAUUUUGAGAAAAGAAUCAAUGCCCAGCCUACUCCAAAAACUCUACGACCUUCACCCUGACGCGAAGUACGUCGGCUUCUACGAUUUCGCCAAUCCAGUCGUGCUACUGCGCGACACCGAUAUCAUUAAAUCCAUCACGGUAAAGAAUUUCGAGACGUUCUCGGAACAUCGGAGCUUCGCCGACAAGAAACUGGAUCCUCUGCUGGGCGGUAUGUUGUUCCUGUUGACGGGUAACGAGUGGAAGGAGACGAGAACCCAAUUGACGCCCAUCUUCACGUCCAGCAAACUCAAGGGGAUGUUCUCGCUGAUGUCGGACGUCGCGAUACGCUUCACGGAUUAUCUGUACAAGAAAUCGGAGAAGGAACAAGAGCUAGAGAUAAAGAUCUGGUUCACAAGGUACACGAACGACCUGAUCGCCAGCUGCGUAUUUGGAGUCGGCGUAAACUCGAUCAAAGACCCAAAAAACCCUCUCUACGUGAACGGAACGAUAGCCACUCGCAUGACCGGAACUCUGCGAUUCCUGCAGAUUCAUACACUCAGAAGGUGGAGGUGGCUGGCGAGACUGUUGAAUGUCAAGCUGAUCCCUAACUAUCGAUCGAAAUUCUUCGAGGACUUGAUCGAGGACACUAUGAACCAUAGGGAUACGAAAGGUAUCUAUAGGCCCGACAUGCUGCAGUUCCUGAUGGAGACCAAGAAGAAAAGCCAGGCCGAGGGACAUUCGAGCACCAUAGACGUACCCUGUCAUGCUUUCAGUUUCUUCUUCGGUGGUUACGACACCGUAGCUUCUCAGGCCUCCUUGACUGUUUACAAUUUAGCCACGCACCCUGAAAUCCAAGAAAGAUUGCAGCAAGAGAUCGACCAGGUGCUGGAGAAGACGCAGGGACAGGUGACUUACGAUACGAUACUGGGCAUGGAAUAUUUAGACGCAGUGUUGAACGAGGCGAUGAGGUUGCAUCCGACCUCUAUUGUUCUGGACAGGACGUGCGCGAAAGACUUCGAGCUGCCACCAGCGCUACCUGGUCAUAAACCGUUCACCAUCAAAAAGGGGAUGAGCGUGUGGAUUCCAAUUCGCGCAGUUCAGAACGAUCCCAAAAACUACGAAGAUCCUGACAAGUAUAAUCCAGAACGGUUCCUUCAGGAUGGCAAGAAGAUCGUGAGUUCUAACAAGUUCUUUCCUUUCGGAGCAGGCCCAAGAGGUUGCAUUGGCAGUAGGUUCGCGGUGAUCGAGAUGAAGAUCCUGCUUUUCCAUGUUUAUGCCCGUUUGACAAUUCGGCCUUGUUCGAAAACGAAUAUACCGUUUAAAGUAUCCAAAAACGCGCUAGUUCUUACUUCUGAAAAUGGAUUCUGGAUGAAUGUUAAACCCAGGGAACACGUUAGCCCAUUUUUGAACAGUGCGGUAUCUAACGGAACGUCUAAAACGGAAUGA